GACCGGGAGGCGUCAAGGCUCUGCAAGCUUCCUCCACCCUCCCGAGCUGUCCCAGCGAGAGAAACCGAAACCAAGCCCGUUCUUCACCCCGCGGUCCCGUCUGCCUUGUGCUCGGAGGGCCGCGCUCGGUCAGCGGAGGAGCCGACACCGCGCACCGCCGGGGCAGCGCCGCGAGCUGGGCACCAGAGAGCGUGGGCGCCAAAGGGUCCCGGGUCUUCUCGCCGCGACUGCGGAGGCCGUGGCGGCUGCUCCUCCCUCCUCACAGUUGGGUAGCAGGCGGGUGCGGCCUGACCCGGCCCGUGAGCCGCGCGCAGAAUGGGCAGAUGCUGUUUCUACACGGCGGGGACACUGUCCUUGCUUCUGCUGGUGACCGGCGUCACACUGCUAGUGGCCCGGGUCUUUCAGAAGGCCGUGGACCAGACGAUCGAGAAGAAUAUGGUGUUAAGGAAUGGUACUGAGAUCUUUGACUCCUGGGAGAAGCCCCCUCUGCCCGUGUAUACCCAGUUCUAUUUCUUCAAUGUCACCAAUCCAGAGGAGAUCCUCAGAGGAGAGACCCCUCGGUUAGAAGAGGUGGGGCCAUAUACCUACAGGGAACUCAGAAACAAGGCAAAUGUUCAAUUUGGAGAUAAUGGAACAACAAUAUCUGCUGUUAGCAACAAGGCAUAUGUUUUUGAACGGAACCAAUCCGUUGGAGACCCUAAAGUUGACUUAAUUAGAACACUGAAUAUUCCUGUAUUGACUGUCAUAGAAUGGGCCCAGGUCAACUUCGUCAAGAUGAUCAUAGAAGCCAUGUUGAAAGCCUAUCAGCAGAAGCUCUUUGUGACUCACACGGUUGAUGAAUUGCUCUGGGGCUACAAAGAUGAGAUCUUGUCCCUCAUCCAUGCCUUCAGACCCGACGUCUCCCCAUAUUUUGGCCUGUUUUAUGAGAAAAAUGGAACUAAUGAUGGAGAUUAUGUUUUCCUAACUGGAGAAGACAAUUACCUUAACUUUACAAAGAUUGUGGAGUGGAAUGGAAAAACGUCACUGGACUGGUGGGCAACAGAUAAAUGCAAUAUGAUUAAUGGAACAGAUGGAGAUUCUUUUCACCCAUUAAUAGCCAAGGAUGAAGUUCUUUAUGUCUUCCCAUCUGAUUUUUGCAGGUCAGUGUACAUCACUUUCAGUGACUUUGAGAGUGUACAGGGACUCCCUGCCUUUCGGUAUAAGGUGCCUGCAGAAAUAUUAGCCAAUACCUCAGACAAUGCUGGCUUUUGUCUACCUGAAGGAAACUGCUUGGGAUCAGGAGUGUUGAAUGUCAGCAUCUGCAAGAAUGGUGCACCCAUUAUUAUGUCUUUUCCACACUUUUACCAGGCAGAUGAGAGGUUUAUUUCUGCCAUAGAUGGUAUGCAUCCAAAUAAGGAAGAUCAUGAAACAUUUGUGGACAUUAAUCCUUUGACUGGAAUUAUCCUAAGAGCAGCCAAGAGGUUCCAAAUUAACAUUUAUGUCAAAAAAAUGGAUGACUAUAUUGAAACAGGAGACAUUAGAACCAUGGUUUUCCCAGUGAUGUAUCUCAAUGAGAGUGUUCUCAUUGAUAAAGAGACUGCAAGUCGACUAAAGUCUGUGAUUAACACUACUUUGAUUGUCACCAACAUACCCUACAUCAUCUUGGCACUGGGCGUAUUCUUUGGUUUGGUCUUCAUCUGGCUGGCUUGUCGAGGACAGGGAUCCAUGGAGGAGGGAACAGCAGAUGAAAGAGCACCUCUCAUACGAACCUAACUGAAUUUAACCAUCACCUGAGCUUGGUGAAGGAACACGUGAACUGUCCUGAACUAGACCAUGACAGGGGAAACUCCACAUCCUCACAGAUUCCUCGUGUGUUAGGAGGAGGGAGAAGGCAAUACUGGCAAGUGACGAGAGCAUACUGGCCAGAGGUGAAGAGCUGGCUGACAUGGCUGGCCAUUAUGCUUCAUAAAAUCACAUGGUUUCUAAAACUGUUUUUUCACAUGUUUAGUAAGUAUUUAAUAAACUCUUGUACAGUCAUUUUUUUGUUGUUAGGUAGCUACAGAAUUUUGUGACCAGUUGUAGAUAUGAUGUCUCUGCAUCUCUUGUUAAUACUACCUGGUUUAACCUUAUUCAGUAUGUUUCAUUCACCAAAUUUUGUGCUCAAAAUACAUAUAUACUGCUUUAUGUUGUAUUCCUCCAUUUCACUCCCCAAAAGAAGUAAAUAAGAGUUUUGAACCCAGGGUAAAAUGGUAACCUCUUCUAGUACAUUAUUCAAAUGCAUCUGAUUUCCUCUUUAAAACAUUAUAUAUUGCAUUUCAUGUUAGUCUUCAGUUCAGAUUCCUCCAGGAAAAUAACAUGGUCUUCUGGUUACAUUUAUACUGUGUAGGGAUCAAGCAGGGAAGGGAUCAGGUGGGGUGAUACCCAUGAGUGGAUAGUGAUAAGCUCCUAAAGAUUUUUAAGUUGUACUUUUGUGAACAAAGAGAAUGCACAAAUAAGGUUGGUGAAGAUAAUUACACAUAUUUCAUGUAGAGUAGAACUAAAUGCUAGGUAUGACAUACAUCUGUAGAUAGUUAACUUUAUUUUUGGUCAAAAUUAUCUUGAUGUGGAAAGAUGCUUCUGGGAGAAUGUACUCAGUGAACACCCCACCCCCAGUUAUCCCUGCCAAAUAUGAUACUGUAUUAACUACAAUACUAUUGAGUGAUUUUGGGGGGGUAAAAUUAUAACUAUAAAAAGUCUACUCAUCCAUUGCCUAAGUUACAUAUAGAUUUCAGGAAGUCUCUAGAUUACAAAGACGUUUCUUCUGCAGCAGUCUUCUUGGUAACUUGAAACUGUUUUUGUAAGUUCUUUCCUCAGAUUCAGUUUCUUCCAGUGUUUUCUGGCUCACUGUCAUUCACUGAGUAGAGAAAAUGCCCUACAUUUCCUGCGACAAUCAUUUUGCUGACAGAAUGACUAGUAUUUGAAGUACUCCACCAAAUGUGCUUUAAAGAAAGGUGCCCUUGGGACAAGAAGCAGAGACAAGUCUCUUCCAAACACUUCUUGGUUUUCUGUGUAAUCAAAGGCAAAAGAUUGGGAAUCAUCAUUAGGUCACAGUGUUCAGGAUUCAAGCAUAUUUAAGGGUAUUUUCUUUGAUACUCAAAGUUUGCCAUGCAAUUUUAAUUGAGAAGCCUACACAGUUUUCUGGCAAAGUGCCUAUAGAACUUCCUAACAACUGAAUCAUUCAAAGGGAUUUUUUUGUUGUUGUUUAAAACUGGAUUUUCAGUGUAAGUAAAUGAAGAAAAAAAAUCAUGGAUUUCGCUUACAUAGUUUCUUAGUCCUAUAGGGAAGUAAUAAAUCACUUCAAUUUACAUGCCCCAAUUUUUCCUCUAUAAUGUGUGUCCCUUCUUGAAGGGACAAUUCAUUAAACUCUCAAACUUUUCUAUAAAUCAAGAUAGAAACUUCAGCUAACCCAAAUCACCAAAAGGCGAACAUUGAAAUCAAAUAUAUUUGAACUUCAGUAAUGCCAAAUACCUACAUUAAAUAUUUAUCAAUAUUUAAUUAUAUAGUUGGCAUAUUUUGUUCCUCGUGUAUCUACUUGUCCACACUAAUGAAACAGAUAGGCCAGUAUACUCAUUGGUUCAGUUUUAUUCUCAGGAUAUGAAUAUCUGUGAGAAGAUUUUUCAAUACUAUAAAUGAUAUACACAUUUAGACUAAAUCUCAUAUGGGCAAGGAGACCAAAUAUACAUUGAUUAUGUUUUUGUGCCAUGAUUCUUAAUAGUGACAACUUAAAAUUACAUUUGAUAUUUUCCUUCUGAAAAGUCUGUGGCAAACCCAUAAACUGCAGUCAAAAUUAUAGGUUGGUUAAGAAGAAUGAAUGUACCUAUUUGAUUUUAGGUUGAAACUAUUCCUCUUGCUUAUUCCCUCACAGCCAUCAUCUUGGAAAGACCCCCAGAGGCUUUGGGAUUGUCAACAUUACUGUGAUCACAGCAUGACAGGCAGGGAAAACUGGGAGUUGAACACAAGGCAGGAAAUGGGCUUUGCCACUUUUAGCUCCAGACUUUUCCCAUUUGACUUCAUUGCAUCAUGUUCUAGAAAGAUCACCAAUGGUCAAGUGGAACAAGCACUACACAACUAACCCCUAUUGGGGUUUUUACUUAAGGGAGACUAAUUUUUAAAUUGCUUGAAAUAUGAAUUCUGCCAAAGGUGAUCCUCAUAGUUGGCCCUCUGGACAUUAUUACUGGAGUAUACUGCUUGUGUCAGAAUGUUCUUCAUGUAUCUUAUACCGUUGGUUUAUUUCAUGUGAUUCUUGGUAUGAUUUAUUUCUACCCUUAAUGCAAUGAAAUGUUUCACUAAUAAAAACUUUAUAUAAAAGUUCA